GAGCUGCGGGUAGACCGUCCGGUGACUCGGCUUACGCAAACUCCGGCGUCCGGCUUGGUCCAGAGUUGAUCACAUCUUCGCCGGUGGAAAAAUGGCAACAAGAACCCAAUUUCCUCGUCUUAUACAAGACGGAGUGAGGCUUCUACGCUGCGAGAGAAAUAGAAACAGGAAUAGUAGAAGAUUUACGCAUCAUAUACCACAGGACCCCCGUUUCGGGCUGCUGUUUGACAUUGAUGGCGUGCUCACACGUGGAAGAACGCCCAUCCCUGCUGCUAAAGAAGCCUUCUCCAAACUUGUGGACGGUGAAGGCCGGUUCAAACUGCCAGUAGUCUUUGUAACCAACGCAGGCAAUACCUUACGCCAGAACAAGGCACGCCAACUGUCCGAACUUCUUGAUGUGCAGGUGGAUCCAGAGCAGGUAGUUCUGUCCCACAGUCCACUCAAGAUGUUCAGGCAGUUCCAUGACAAACACGUCCUGGUGUCAGGGCAGGGACCUAUCAUCGAAAUUGCCAAAAAUCUGGGUUUUACGAAGGUUACAGAUGUAAACACUCUACGGAACAGAUUCCCCCUGUUGGACAUGGUUGACCACAAGCGGCGUAAACAUGCUCCUUGUGCCUUCGAGCAGUACUUUCCAAGAAUCGAGGCAGUGGUGUUGUUUGGUGAGCCGGUGAGGUGGGAGACCCACCUGCAGCUGAUCCUGGAUGUGCUGCUGACAGACGGGCGGCCAUGUUACCUUCCCAAGGAGGUUCCCGACCCACACAUGCCGCUCCUGGCCUGCAAUAUGGACCUGAUGUGGAUGGCUGAGGCUCCCAUGCCAAGGUUUGGUCACGGCAUGUUUCUCCAGUGUCUUGAGUCGGUGUACAACAAAAUUACAGGAAAAGAACUGAAGUACACAGGGUUGAUUGGGAAGCCUAGCGACCUCACCUACCACCAUGCCGAGCACGUGGUGGAGACCCAGGCACAACAACUGGGCCUCAAACAAGUCAGGACUAUUUACGCCAUUGGUGACAAUCCUGAGGCAGAUAUCUACGGUGCCAACCUCUUCAACAAGUAUCUGCAGAAGAAAGUAGCAAAGGCUCGGGCAAAGAAGGCGGCUCAGAAGGCGCUACGACAGGUGGAACUGGAGGGGACGGUCACGGCGGUGGUGGAGGAGGUCGGCGAGGACGUACCGGACGUGCUCGGCUGCGAGGCCUGCGAAUCCAUCCUGGUUCACACGGGCGUGUACCGACCCAACAUGGAGGAGACCCAGGAACGCAACGCGUACCGAGCCAAUCAUAACGGACAUGUACAUAGAGACUUUAAGCUCGACCCUGAGCUGAAGAAGCCCGCGUAUGAAGCAGAAGAUGUAGAUGUUGCAAUAGACAUGAUCUUCAAGAUAGAGAGUAGCCAUUAACAAAGGUUUGGUUUCUGUUGGCUCAAAGUAUUUAUUUAAGAACUUCAUUUGUAUUCCUUAUAUCAC